ACGAUGAGGAAACGUUCGCUAUCCGUCGCUUACGAGCGUGCUCCAAAGAUGGAACAAAUAUCGAAAAAGUUCGAAGGAGUACUCUCCGAGCACGAGAAUGAAAGUGAAUCGGAGGAAGAAAAUGAUGAAUUGGACGUCGGCGAUACCGCCACCGAUUGGCCUGCGGCCGAUUACAAGAAGCUUGUUGAGCAGCUGCGAACGGUACUGCCGCGUAAGGACCAAAGAAGAUACCUUAACGGACUGAAGAAAGUCGACUGGGAUCGGGUUGCAUUUGACGGUCAUAGCCCAGAGGAGAUAAGAGCAGUUACGAAGAAGGUGCUUAGCAAAAUACGCAAACAUCGUACCCUUGCCGAGAUGGUGGAGGAUAUACCGCAGUAUGUAGACAAAAUGCUGUCAUCUGGAAAACCGAAAAAUCCUCCCUCGGCGUAUAAUUUAUUCGUCAAGGAGAAGUUUUCCAACUUUAGAAAGAAAAACUCUGAUCUAGCUACCAGUGAGGUGUUUAAAAUCGUUAGCCAAGAGUUUGCCGCGUUAUCGCAGAAAAAGAAGCAAAAGUACGAAGCGAUGGCAAUGCAAGCGAAGGAAGCCCAUAAACUUCAGCUGGAACAGUACUACAAAGAUAACCCGGACGCGUUGCAAUCCAAGAAGUCCCCCAAAACUCCAAAAGAAAGGAACCGAAACACGAAGAAGAUCCCUAAGACGAUAACGCCAUUUGCAUUGUUUAAGCUGGAUUCGAAAAAAGUUAAUGCAGAAAUCACCACCACCGAGCUGCGUGUCCUCUGGAACGAUCUAGAACUGAAGAAGAAAAUCAAAUACAUUCAGCUAGCAUUCAAGACCCAGACAGAAAACAUUGGUAAUUCCCUAAAGCUCACCAAGGAGGAGCAACGAUUGCUCGAGCAAGCUAGUGGCAAGCCGGGAAUGUUUCCCGGCUCGACGAGCGAGUAUUAUCUCAAACAUCAUGCUCAGCAUAAUCCGGCCCUGACGGUUCAUGCCUGGCGCAAGGAAAAGCUGCGCGAGUACAAACAACUGUCCAAGUUGCGAAAGUUGGAGCUAGAAAUUGAGUAUCGCCAGGCAAAGCAAGAGUACGUCAACAAGUAUGAAGCUUACAUCGAAAGCAUCGCGGAUGAAACGAAAAGGCAAGCGGAAAUCGAUCUUUUACGUUCGUUUAUCCAGACGAAAAUGGAUAAGCACGAUCGGCAGCAUUGCGAAGGUCGUUCGUUUAUGUCGAUUCUAAAUUCGUCACGGGAUGAAAACGAUAUAAUGGCUUACCCGAUAGCAGAAUCGACCAUAUUGGUGUCUGAAAGCAAGAAAGCCAAGCGUAAGACAAGUAAAAGCGCGGCCCAACCGAAAGCGGAACCGGAACCGGAAAUGACGAAGAAACCACUGAAAUCGAUUCUGAAAAGUACGGCCGCGGUAACGGCGGUGCCGAAAAGUACGGUACAGGAAUUUGCCGUACCGGAAGUUUUGAGCUCACCGAAGAAGAAGCGAAAGCAAUCCUUAAGCGACCAUGAAUCUGACAGUAGCAGUACUGCCGAAAAGAAGAGCAAACUAUCAAUCACCCUCCCGCACAAUGAGGAGACGGACAAGAAGAAAUCCGGUGCUAAACAAAAUGGCACUAAAGCAUUGCCGAAUGAACCGAUACGGCCGCCGACAAACACGCUCCAGUUCUACAAAGAAAACUAUUACCUUGGAAAACCGGAACAAUGUGAAGAAUCAUUCAAAAAACUUUCAGAGACCCGUAAGGCGGUAAUUAAGCAAGAAAUGCGCGCAGCGCAUAGUAAGUACUUCAAGCAGCUGCAAAAGUUCCUCAAAUCGGUACCGCAGAAAAACAUUGAAUUGUAUCUAAAGAAGCUGAAGCAGGCCGAACGCGACUCUAACAAGGGUGAAGAAUCGUCCUCGGAGGAGGAUGAGAGUGGAAAUGUAUCGGUAGCGAAAGGAACUCCAAAGCAGGAACCACCGGAAACAAGUAGUAGCAGCAGUAGCGAGGAUGAGGAUGACGCUCCGGAAAAGAAUCAAAACGGCCAAAAUAAGGCAGAAGACGACACGGAGGAGGAUGAUGAUGGUUGCAGCAGCAGCGAUGCAUAA